CUUGGAGCAGCAUCAGUUCUAAAAUUCCCAGUUAGCAUUAUGGAGUAUCAGCACUAUUUGCAGAAAGAGCUGACCAUUUUCCACUACCACCUACGCUUCGACUAUGGAGCACCGAUCCAGUUGGCCACUUGCAUUGCCUUCGGCGCCGUCUGUGGCUGGAUAAUGAGCCUGAUCACAUUCGUUGUCUACAAGGCAGCAAUUGGCCUGGGAGCCAAAGCCACGGCGUGUGACAAAGAUGAUAAGUACGAUGAUCUCGACCUGGACAUGCAUAUGGAGUAUGGGUGUGACCGGAUGCUGUCCCAGUGCCAGAACCUUAGUGAUUGGCUUGUGAGAACGCCUGAGGGGGCAUUCGGUUCGCCUUCUUUGUGCAUGAGCCCCAAUCAAAGUAUCUCGACGCCACUUAGACCGUCUCGAGUGCGCUGAGUGAAUUUUUCAGAUACUGUUACAGUGGCAGUAUCGAAUAUUUUCUCUGCCGUUCUCGAAGUCAUUAGCAUAAUGUUUCUCGACACUGUCAUGGCCUUAAAUUGAAUUCAGCAUGCACCGCAGGCCGCCAUUUAUGCAAGUUUAUUUCUAUAGAUGAAGGCCGGAGGUUCAAAUAUUUAAUAAACCAAACCGUUUCUGUCUGAAAAAUUCCCU